ACCUAUUGUCUUAAGAAUACAACACAAAGAAAUCGGAGGCUAUUUUUCCUAUCCGUUUCCCUCAUAAUUUUUUUAUCUUAUGAUUUGAUUUAUAAUUAUAUAAAAAUUAAUAAGAUAAGGGUUUUAAUAGGUGGACUUUAAAUUUCCAAUAUCUAUAAAUUGUAGACUAGUACUUUACUCUUUAGUGGUUAUGGUACUCAGCCCUUAGGCUAUUAGUAGUAUUAGUAUUGUUAUUAAUAUUAACGUAUGACUAUGAUCCAAGAACAUCAUUUCAACAGAAAAACAAGUUUUGAGCUCAACAGCCUGUAGUACAGUUUAUAUGGAUUGCUAGAUGGUGCUAAAUCCAGGAUUUUGAUAAAAUUAUUGAAAAUCACACAGCUUCAUAAAUUUUAUUAUUGUGACUGAAGAGUACAAUUACAUGAGCAAAACAUUAGGACUGUUUACAUGCUUGAGGUUACCAAAUUUUAUCUUGAAAAACAAAAAUAAACGUAAAAUAAGGAAAAAGAGAAAACACCAAACCUGAGUGUUUUUGGAAGGUGACCUACAUUCUUCAAGGGCAAAUGGAUGAUUGGCUUAUGGAAAGAGUUGUUAUUGGCAGUAGUGGCAGCUGGCACUUUAUAAAGUUUAAGAGGGGAAUUGGCACUUUCCUGAAAUAUAUAAGAUUUGAAAAUAUCAAGAUGGCUAAAGAGGUGACGGCAAAUAAUACAUUGCAUGCUUCCGCUGCUUCCCCAGAUGGAAUUGCAAUAUUUUUUCAAACAUGUAAAGAAGAACUUGAGAAAUCAGGUUUCAGCAUAGAUGACAAAGUUGAUCUUGUGUUUGGCCUGAAACAAUGGCCAUUAGCUCGAGGAUCUCACAGGGCAGUUAUUAUCAAAAUAAAAAAUGUAGAAAAGGUUGCCUUUCGACUAGAGUUGGAAAUAGAUCUUGAGGAUGAAGAGAAAGAAUAUAUAGCUGGAAGUUUUGAAUGUCCUGGUCUCAGCUGUGAUUUUGUAACUAAUUCAUUUGCUGCAUUGGCUUGUCAUCACUUACAAAAUCAUAGGCUUCCGCAAGGAGAUGACAUAAAACACCAAUGUUGUAAUCAAGAAUUUGAAGUAUUUGAAAGUUUUUGUGCUCAUGUCUACGAAACUCACAGAAAUUUUAAAGCUGUAACUUUAAACUUUGAAAAGAUUUUAGAGGAAAAGUAUGAGAAGUUUCUGGAUCCAAAGAGUGUUAAGUUUUUUCCCCAACAUUUUAAAAAGUUGAGUUUUAGAUGUCUGGUUGAAUUAGCAGCAGAUAUAAUCCUUAACUUUGGACGAUAUUUCAUCUUUUUUUGGAACUGUCAGGAUUUUGCCACAUGGUUUUUAAAACUAGUUGGUAUUCCUUUGGAUGUUAUUGACCCUACAAUUCCUGACAAGUUAACUGGUAGCGGAAAAGACAGUAAGGCACGGGCAAUCCAGGGUUUGAAGGACUGGGCGUGGUACAAGCAACCGAUCCAAAUACAACACUUUAAGUUAACAACCUGGAAUGGUGAAGCAAGGUGCAAUCAUACAGGAUGUGAAGUGCUACCUCCAUUUUUCUUUCAAACGUUGAAGUAUCAUUUAGAGGCAGCACACUUAUCCUAAAUCAUUUAUCAAAGAAGAAUUUUAAAUAUUUUUGUAUUCAUGAGGAACAGCAAUACAAUGAGCAUGACUGUGUUGUUCAGAUAGUAUCCCUUAAUAGAAGCUUUUUAAGAAUUGUAUUCAACUAAAAAACUAAACUGGAUUUGACAAUAUUUUGGAAGACUUGAGGUCAUAUUGUAACAAACUGCAAGGAUUUGUAAGGUGUCAGAUUGGAAUGUUGGUGAUAUGGUGCUAGAACUUCAUUGGUUGAGCAGAUUGUUGUGUAUGUCAUGUGUUGACCAAUGGUAACAAUUAACUUCUGAUCUUCAAAACUGUCUCUCUGUUAGUGAAUGUUUCUACUUGUUUAUAUAGAAAAUAUUCUUAAUAUUUUCUAUCAUAUUUACUAACAAUAUUUUUUUAACUUGAAAUAUAUUUGUGUGUUUACUUUUAU